AUCCACUUAUUCUCACCACACACACACACUGAAAACACCUCAACUGUGUGUAAGCUCUUAACCAGUCACACAUGCCAAAGUGUUUCAGUCUAGUGGCCUCCCGAAACUGGUGUCUCCGGUCAACUUUCUCCACCUCCGGUCUCCGGUCAACCACCACCGACCUCGGUGACGGCACCAUCAUCCACUGCUGGGUACCCAAAGCCUGUAAACCAACCCGACCCGAUCUCCUCCUGCUCCAUGGGCUCGGAGCUAACGCCAUGUGGCAGUGGGGCCCACAUAUCCUCCCUAAACUAGUUCACCACUUCAAUGUCUACGUGCCGGAUUUGGUGUUUUUUGGUGACUCGUUCACGACUCGGUCGGAUCGGUCAGACUCGUUCCAGGCUCAGUGUGUGUACCGAGUCAUGGAGGUGAACUCAGUGAAGAGAAUGAGGGUGGUGGGGUUGAGUUAUGGGGGGUUUGUGGCGUAUAGUUUAGCGGCGCAGUUUAAGGAAAUGGUGGAGAGGGUGGUGAUAUGUUGCGCCGGGGUGUGUUUGGAGGAGAAGGAUUUGGAGGAUGGGUUGUUUCCGGUGAAGAGUUUGGAGGAGGCGGCGGAGAUAUUGCUCCCGCAAACGCCGGAGAAGAUGAAGGAAUUGAUGCGGUUUACGUUUGUCAAGCCGCCCGUGAAGACUCCGAAUUGUAUACUUGUAGACUUCAUACAGGUAAUACUGGUAAUUUGACCAAUGACACGUAAAUUAAGAGAAUCCCAAUGUAACGGAGAACUAAC